CUCCAACUGAACAAAGCGAACACUUCCGGUUUGUGUGAAGCGGAACAAGCGGCCCAAGGAGGGAACAAAGGACGAUUUACUGAGUUGACCAAUAUGGAAAUCGCCUGCUCUACUUAGUGUUGUCUCCAUCCACGAUGUCAAAACGACCAUCCUACGCCCCUCCCCCUCCCCCUGCCCCGGCAGCACAAUUGCCUUCCACCCCUGGGUUUGUGGGCUACAACCCUUACAGCCAUCUGGCCUACAACAACCUCCGGCUGGGAGGGAGCUCCGGAGGCUCCAGCAGGAACUCCUCAGGGAUCACCGUCCCAAAACCUCCCAAACCUCCAGACAAGCCACUGAUGCCUUACAUGCGGUACAGCCGGAAGGUAAGCAGGAAGGUGUGGGACCAAGUGAAGGCGUCCAACCCGGACCUGAAGCUGUGGGAGAUCGGAAAGAUUAUCGGAGGGAUGUGGAGAGACCUGACCGAUGAGGAGAAACAAGAUUACCUCAACGAGUACGAAGCUGAGAAGAUUGAGUAUAACGACUCGUUGAAGGCCUACCACAACUCACCGGCCUACCUGGCUUAUGUCAACGCUAAGAACCGGGCCGAGGCCGCCAUGGAGGAGGAGAGCAGACAGAGGCAGAGUCGCAUGGACAAAGGAGAGCCGUACAUGAGCAUUCAGCCUGCUGAAGACCCUGAUGACUACGAUGAUGGCUUUUCAGUAAAGCACACAGCAGCCGCUCGCUUCCAGAGGAACCACCGGCUCAUCAGUGACAUCCUCAGUGAGAUCGUGGUGCCUGAUGUCCGCUCGGUGGUCACCACAGCCCGCAUGCAGGUCCUCAAGAGGCAGGUCCAGUCUCUCAUGGUGCACCAGAGGAAGCUGGAAGCUGAACUUCUACAGAUUGAGGAUCGCCACCAGGACAAGAAAAGGCGCUUUCUAGAGACCACUGACUCAUUCAACACUGAACUCAAGCGGCUUUGCAGUCAAAAGGUUGAGGUGGACAUGGAGAAGCUAGCAGCAGAGAUGGCUGCUGCUGAAGAGGCAGCGAGGCGCCGGGCGGAGGAGAGGGAGCGAGAGGCGGCCGAGCAAGCAGAGAAAGCUGCUCAGCAGCAGCAGGAGGCAGCUGGAAACAAAGCGGCAGAGCAGGGCGGUGCUAAUGCUAGCAGCACAGCUAACCCCACCCUAGGGACCAAGGAGGAGGACAAGCCCACACCAAUGGAGACAGAUGAGGUGGCGCCUGCAGAGGCCUCGUCAGAUCCUCAGCCUGCUCCACCUCCUCCAUCUGACCCCGCCCCUUCUGCCUCUGAUAAAGCAACCCCUCCCCCUGAGCCGCCUCGGGAGAGCAGCACUCCUGGCAGCAGCACCCCCAGUGAUGACGGCAGGAACAGCAUGCCCCCUCCCUCCUCAGACAGCAACGCUGGAGCAGCGACACCUGACACCCCAGCGACUCAGGAAGCCAACUCCAGUGCAGCUACCCCUAAUGUGGCUGCAGCACCUCCGCCUCCCCCUCCCUCAGAAGAUCCAGCCCCCCCACCACCACCACCACCACUACUACCCCCCAGCCAGAGCAGCCAACAGUAUGAUGCAUAAUAGUCUGUUAGAGCCACAGUGGUGACUCUAGAAGUCCUCCAUGUGUCCUCCUCUUGUGGGUGGAGCCGCGGCGCUGUAGUGGUGCACCAGGUGUUGAAGUGAGACGUGUAUGGUGGCUCAUAACGCAGCAGUGCUGAAUGGUUGAGGCUCUGAUAGUACGAUCAAUAGAUAGUUAACAUGCUGAAGGGUUAAUCAGCCGGACUCGUGUAGCUGGGCCAUUGGGGACAUUAGGAUGUGGCUUACAUUUCUUUUUAGAUAUGCUUGGCAUGCUCUGGUGUGACUGAAAGAUUUAAUGUCACCAAAGAAUACAAUAUGUGAACGGAGCCAGUUUGUGUGUGUGUUCCAGGCAUUGUACAAACAUUCCUCUUUUUAUAAUCAUGUCACUUGAUGGAUUUCUUUUUAGUAUAACAUAACCGAGGGUCAGCAGUAACCCCUCAGCGUCACUGUUUCUACGUUGGGCUCCUGCUCGACGUUCAACAUCCAUCGGAAAAAUCUUUAGAUACAUUUACAGUUGGCAGCGCAUUCAUAUCAGUAAGAUUAUGAAUUAUCAAAAUGUGUGAAUUGUUUCUGUUGAUUCUCCAUCCUGGUGCGACUACGUGAAGACUGUUCCAUCAGACUGACGCCAGAGGGGGGCGUCAUCCUGAACACUGCACACUUUGUGCUGUUGGAUAUCUGAGUUGCUGUGUAAACCUUUAAAUCAGCCCUUCCUCAAGACUGCUGCUGCGAACCCCCCCACCCCCGACCCCCCACCACCAAUAUAGAACCUCAGUUUGUGUGAACUGCAAAACUACUCCAGUUGCCACUCAUUUGUGUUAGAGAUGUAGGUGAUCCUUUUAGAUUAAUAUACUCAAAUUCAGCCUUUGUAUUAAACGUGGACUGGGCGACUGUCUCCAGAUCUGAAGUUAGUACAUUUUUAUUAUUGGUGCACUCUAUUCAAUUCAACAAUUAGUUGGUGCUUAGAGCAAGAAACAUCACAAAUGAAAUGAUAGGCACGUUGCAAUGUGCUUUUAAAAAAUGUGUUGAUAUAAAAUGUCUUGCAUCGAGUAUAAACAGUUGACAUGGAUGUCUUCAUCACUUGUUUGUAGAAAGCUGCCAUGCCCAGUCAGCAUUUAAUACCGACAGCGUCUCUGUUUUUUUAAAGACCUUGUUCCUCCUCUCGCCUGCAUCUUAACACCACGAGCAGACGUGCACAUGGAACUCAGUCUUUUGUGCAUUUCAAGGACUGUUUUCCUACUUGAAUUGGACUGUUUUUAGUGAUAUGCCUGUUUUUGCAUCUUUCUUUUGUACUGUCUGGACUUAUCUAGCCAAUAAAGAGGAUUUCUCAGUC